CAGUUGUCCUAUUUGGAGCAUUUGACCUAACUGUUGUUGAUAAUAGAGCUCCAUGUAGUCUCACAACAGCACAAUUGAGCAGCUGUUGGGUCCGAUCACGAGCAGCGUGUACACAGGCUCUCCUCCACUUGUCUCGUAUAUAUUGCACAAUGGCUGCAUCUAAGCGACAGUAUUUUGAGUACAUUGUCAUUGGCUGUGGAGGGAUAGGCAGCGGAGCUCUAUACUGGUUGUCAAAGCGUUCCAGCUCAGUCCUUGGUCUCGAGCAGUUUUCUCUCGGUCAUGAAAGAGGAGGCUCACAAGACGUAUCGAGGAUCAUCCGCCUGACGUACCAUGAUGACCGCUACACCCGACUCACCCCCGACACCUUCAAGGCUUGGCGCCAGAUAGAGCGCGAGUCAGGCCAGCAGGUUGUAUGGAUGACCGGGGGUCUGCAGCUGGCUAGGAAGGGACAGACUGAGGCCAUCAUGGAGAAGUACGCUGUAGCAAUGGACAGGAACAACAUCAAAUACGACAGAUUGUCAAACCUGCAACUGAUGGCCCGCUACCCCCAGUUCACAAUGGGUCCAGAUAUCGUGGGCUUGUACCAGGAGCAGGCGGGCCUCGUAGAUGCUGCUGUGGGGAACGCUGUCCACAUUCAGCUGGCCCGGGGAAACGGGGCUACAGUCCUAGAGAACUGCCCUGCUACCAGGCUCACUAGGGCCAACAACGGCAACGUCAUUGUUAACACAACGAAGGGCGUAUUCGAGUGCCGGAAGGUGAUAGUGACGGCAGGGGGGUGGCUCAACUCGGUCCUGGGGACAAUCGGCGUCCACGUCCCCGUCACCGUCACACAGGAGCAGGUGACGUACUACGCCACGCCGCACAUGAAGGAGUUCACAAAGGAAAAGUACCCCAUUUGGAUUUUUCACUGCCCCCGUUACGACAUCUACGCCCUCCCCAUCCACGGAAACACGGGGUCGAAGAUCGGGAUCGACGCUGGAGGCAACGUGGUAACCGCCGAAUCGAGGACAUUUGAGCCGAAUCCUGCUCGGGAGCGGACCUGUACUGAGCUGUUGGAGGAGAUUUGUCCUAAGUUCUUGGGACCAAUCCUUCAGACCAAGACCUGCCUCUACACCAUGCCUCCAGACAGAAACUUUGUGGUUGACACAUGCUCAUACAAGGGCUGGUCUGACGUCAUCGUUUGUUGUGGAGCUGGACAUGCGUACAAAUUUGCAAGUCUGCUUGGAAAAGUCCUGAGCGAGCUCGCCGUUGACGGCCGUACCCAGUACGACAUCAGUCAAUUCAACAUCACCAGAGACGCAAUUCAGGAUCCCACUUUCAAACCAACGUUUUUCAUGGGGAGUGGUAUGGAGGCGAAACUAUAGAGAAGAGGCUGCUUAUUUUCCGUUCUUCUCCCACCAGGCUUUCCCGUAUAGAGACAGUUAACACGCCCAUGUAAUUGUAAAUAAAAUAUAUAGCGUGUGAAUCAUAUUUUAUGGAACGGAACCAUCAUUCAAUAAUGGAAACAUUCUUGUUGGUCUUUGUUCAUAAUACGAACAUAUCAUAUUUUCAAGCAAAGUAUAAUGUCUUAUGUUUACUUCAGUAGUAAUAAAUUUUGUAAAAUCUUAACUUGUUUGGUAUGGAUUCAAAUGUAAAACAUAUUGGAACUCAUAUUUUAGUGAAUGCGAAGUCACCUAUUCAUGUAUUCAUGGGAAAUUUGGUGUGUGUCUGUAAUCAGGCAAUUCAUAUUUUGACGUUGACCCUUUGACCUAUAAGCAUUGAUUACUCAGUCAUCCCUCUUGUCAUUGAGACUGCUGUAUAUUUCUUUGUCACUCAGAUGAGGUGGUAUCACAGGUCUCUUAUAUUUCAAAAUGGGAUGGGUAAAUCAGUGGGAGGGAAUGUAUUGGCUGUUCGACUAGUAUUGAACAAUGUCAAACGAAUCUGAUUCUUAUUAAACUUCUUGGACAAAUCUCCUUCUUUUGACUUUGCCAAUCUGAGCAGAAAUUCUGAUUAGCAAGGAGGGGAGCACAUCUGAUGCCCAUGGGGAUGACUACUUCUGGCCUAAAUGACCUCAUAGAUGUUGUCUACGAUGAAGUCCACCAUUUCAAAUAUUGUUUCCUCAGUAAACUCCAGAUGACGUUUGCUUUCAUUUUUGACAAACAGUCCUGAACCUUUGAGAUAGAUGUGUAAAUGGAUAUAUCGCAUUUGGUGACAAAUGCCACAUGGAUCAGGGGGUUAAGUUUUCCUCAAGGUUGCCGUGUCGGAGAGUGGUGUACAAAUUCCCAUGGGAAUUCACAUGGUAUUAAUUCAAUUUAUUUUAAGUACUUUCUGUUGAUAUGAAAAAAGUCCUUCCUUGGUGGUACUAAAGAUUAUGGUUAAUCUUUGAGACAAGGAUUAGGUGAUAGAUUUUCUGUCCCAGCGAUAUAUCUCUUUGUUCACAUUUGUAUGAAGCUUUUGAAUCCAGUACAAAAGAGAAACGGACAUGCUGUAAGGUUUGAGAGUCAGGCAAAGUGUUGAUAAUUAAGCAACCGAAAAAAACCUGAUGAUAUUAAAAUGUAUAUUUUUUGUCAGCC